AUCCAUCUUUGAUCAGCAGUUCACCACCGCAGCACAUUAUCAACGCGGACAAUGGCUGCCUGCACUCUUUCCACUACUCCAUAAUACAGAAACUAUCAUCACCAUGAACAAGCACGUCUCCUACCAGACCACGGUCCUCGCCUUCAUCUCCCUCUUCAUCGCACCCUGGCUCCUCUUCUCCGCCAUCGUCACCACUUCACUCUCCACCGUCAUCCUGAUCUGCCACAUCAUAGUCUCCUACAUAAUCUGGAUCAUCCGCGUCUCUACCCUCAAGACCGUUUUCUCCACAACCCACAUCCGCGACCGCCUCGCCCGCACAGAGAUCUUCAUCGCAAAACUCGUCCGCCGUCAGUGGCGCGUCUAUCAUGUGCGCCAGUUCGAGGCCGGCGCAACGCAGCCGCUCGAGGAUCUCAAGAACUUGCAGCAGAAACCAGUGAACUCGCCGCCAUCGUAUGCAGAGAGCGAGAGGCUGGCGAAGGCGUCUGUUAGGCGGAUCAGGAGGCGGCGAUCGGCGCAGUGUUUGGAUUAAGAAUGAGUGCAGCGGCUUGCAUUGUAUUUGAUAUUGGAUAUUGCUUUGGAAUGAAUGAAUAUCCUGUUGACAUUUUGGAUUUGGUUUUGUUAUGGAUAUGGAUUUGGUUCUGGUUGGAUAUUUUGGAUACUGAUAUGGCCAAGGUGGCUACGGUUUGGGCAGGGAGUACGGGAGCAUGGAAGCAUGAGAGCUAUUUUUGAUUAUAACUAUGUGUCACACAAUAUUAAAAGAAAAUCUUGAAAAAGCAU